AUGUAUUAUCAUAGUAUUUCUACGGCAAUUGUUUUUAUUACAAUAUUUCUACUUUGGGAAUCAUUUUUUUCAAUUAUUGCUUGGAGGUCAUUUGUUUCAUGGCAACAUAAUAAUGGCGCAGAAAACAUUGUUGCAAAAAUUUCAAAAAAUAAAGAAAAUGUUAAUUUGUCAAAUUCUGUAUUAGAUCAAAAUCAAGAAAUUAGAUUCGAGGAAGACAAUGAUAGUAAUAAUAAUAUUAGAGAUGAUAAAUGGUUAGAAGUUCGUUAUAAUGACAAAACCAUUGACAGUAAAAUUGCCGAUUCCGAAAGUGAAAAUGAAUCGUUACCUCCAGGGUUAAAUGUAAAUUUACAAGUAAAUAAUGAUUCCAUAUUUGAAACUGAUGAAGACGAACAUAGUAUUGUGUCAAGACCAUCAUUAGAUGAAGAAUCCGAGAUUGCUGAAUCAACUGGUAAUAAAACUGAUGGAAGUGCUACACCUACUAACAUAUUUAUUCAAAAGAAUACUCCAACUAGACUAUCAACUACACAUGAUGAUUCUGAAGAAGGCGGCGGAGCAUCAACAAGUGGAUCUACAACAUCUGCUACCUAG